AUGUCUUUUUUCAUAAACCAGAACAACCUCUCCCAGUUGGAAGUGAACCAGGAUAAGAUCAAGCUUGCGGAGAUACAGUUUGAGGCCAUGUCUCAGACCUUCAACACAAUCAUGUACCUGUGCAAGGAAAAGUGUAUCCCACACCUCUACGGUGAAUUGGAGCUUCUCAAGGGUGAACAGAUCUGCAUCGACAGAUGUGUCGCCAAAUACAUGACCGCAAACCGCAAGGUCGGCGAGUUGGUUCAGAGAUCUGGCUUACACCCUGAUUAUGACAUGCCAGCGUACCAGAAGGUUAAAAAGAUCUUGGAGGAGAACCAGAAAUAG